AUGGUCCUCGCACACAAGGAUGACCAUCCAUAUUGGUAUGCUCAGAUUCUAGGUGUCUUUCACGUCAAUGUCAUCUAUACAGGGAAGGACACUCGCUGGACGAAGCAGAUGGACUUUUUAUGGGUUAGAUGGUUUGGUCGCGACCCCAACAAUUAUCGGUCAGGCUGGAACGUGAAAUGUCUUCACCGGCUUGGAUUCAUACCUGCAGAUGAACCAGGUUCAUUUGGAUUUCUCGAUCCUCGUCAAAUCGUUCGUGGCAUCCACUUAAUCCCCACAUUUGCCUACAGCCGUACCGACAAACUUUUACCGCCCUCGAUUUCCCAUCCUCUUCAUGAAAAAAAUGAAGAUUGGAAAUUUUACUACGUAAAUAUGUUCGUCGACCGUGAUAUGUUUAUGCGCUUUCGUGGCGGGGGGGUUGGUCACAAGUCAACUUGCAAUGCAACACAAAUAUUUCGCAACGACUGCGACCCUCUAGAUUGUGUUGCUCCCGGCAACAAUGCAGACUCCGAGCAAGAUGAAGAGGCAUUCGAGGGAGACGAAGAAGCAUCUGAGGGAGAUGAAGAAGGAGCAUCCGAGGGAGAUGAAGAAGGAGCAGCCGAGGGAGAUGAGGAAGGAGCAACUGAGGGAGAUGAAGGUGGACCAUCCGAGGGAGAUGAGGAAGGAGCAACCGAGGGAGAUGAAGGUGGACCAUCCGAGGGAGAUGAAGGUAUCAUUGAUCAGGACGAAGACGAAGUUGGUGAAUCAGAGAUGGAGGAGUUUGGUUAUGGCGGACUGGAUCAAGAAGAGGAUGACACUGACAGCGAUGAAAAUGACAGUGACAGCAACAAUGAAGACAAUGACAUUGAUAAUGACCUGGGACCUGAGGAUGGAGAAGACGAGAACGAAGAGGCGCUCGAGGGGUAUGCAGAGCUUUAA